AUGAGAGAAACUUUCGGACUUCCUUUUCUUGGACGGGGAAUUUUUACAGAAGAUGGUGAGUUUUGGAAACAAUCAAGAUCACUCGUUCGAUCGACUUUUAGCAGAGUCGAGAUAGCAGAUCUAGAGAAUUUUGAACGUCACGUUACGCGGUUCCUAAAUUUUAUACCGAAAGAUGGUUCGACCUUUGACAUGCUCCCUCUUGUGAAAAAAUUGUUUCUCGACAUAUCAACCGAAUUUCUCUCCGGCAAAUCAACAGAAUGUCUCGCGGAAGAAACACCCAUCGAGACCGACAUAUUCAUGAAAUCUUUUGAUCGAGCUCUCCUGGGUCUAGCCUUACUUCUCAUAUUCAAACCUAUUCGAUGGCCACUGUACUUCGAUCCCUGGUGGAAAGAAGCAUAUAUUAAUGCCCAUGGAUUGGUCGACAAACGAGUAUCACUAGCCCUAGAAAAACAGCGAAACCCCGAAAAAGAAACGGGACUCAAGAGAUAUGUUCCCCUCGAAGAAAUGACAAAGAUAACACAAGAUCCGUAUGAGCUCCGCAUGCAUAUUAUUAAUGUCUUUUUUCCUGCUCGAGAUACCGCUGCUAUUGCUUUCACCGAUGUAAUAUUUGAACUUGCUCGUCAUCCUGAAGAAUGGAAGAAAUUGAAGAUGGAGGUUGAUAGCAUCUAUUCAAAUCAAGCGUUGAUGUUUGAAUUCCUUCGCUCAUUGAGAGUUACCAAAGCUAUAAUCAACGAGUCCUUACGCUUACAUCCAGCUGCCUCGAGACUUGGUAAAAUAUCUCUAAGAGAUACAAUCUGA